AUGGAUCCGUUGAAUCGGAUCGAGUAUGCUUCGGAUGCUUCGGAGCAAAGUAGCGAGGAGGAAAACUUUGAGGCCGAUUACUCGACUCACUGUUGUGCCUGUCGCAAGGACCUCGAAACGGUCGAGGCUCUGCAGGAGCAUUUGAAGACAGUACAUCUCCCACAGAACCGCGAAAAUCACGCCAAGCCGUACCAGUGUGACAAGUGUUUCCGGCGCUACUUUAACAAGUACACACUCAAGCGCCACAAACGGCUGGCCGUGACGGUAUUGCGGCCGCGGACGAUCGAAGAACCGUUGGCCGCUGAAGACCUCCAUCGAUGCUGCGGCUGUCGGCAGGAUUUUGCGUCGGCCCAGGAGCUUCAAAAGCAUUCCGACGAAGCACAUCGGAAAAAUCGUGGCUGUUUCGUGGACAACCACCGGACACACGAAUGCCCCGUGUGCUACAAGCGGUUCGUUUCGCAACCCUCUCUGAGGCGCCACUACAAGGAUCGGUUCCUGCGCCGACGUGUCCACGGCAAUCGCAAAGUGUCCGCCAAUCAGUGCUGUGGUUGUGGGGACCAAUUCCUCAACCGAGAGCAGCUGCAAGCGCACUCGAACACCGUCCACGAGCCGGAUCGCAUAUCGGACGCGGCGCACCGCGGGUUCGAAUGCGCCAUUUGUUACAACCGAUUCUCCAGCAAAGCGGUUUACCGGCGGCAUCGGACGCUCCUGGAUUCAGACCAGUUGCGUCGCUGCGUAUGUGGCAAAGCGUUUCUCCAGCAGCGCAUGAUGCGCGCUCAUCUGCGCAAGUUUCAUCCCGAGACGACGGUUCAACGUGACUCCGCUGUAGUUGGUGCGGAGGUCAGUGGGAACCAUCAGUGCACGUUCUGUGGCAAGACGUUCCGCAACAAAAGCACCCUGGUGAAUCACGAAAAGACGCACGAUACAAACGAAGAAUUCCGGUGCGCGAUCUGUGAGAAGCGAUUCUCCAACAAAGGCAACUUGAAAGUGCACACGCAACGACUACACGGCCAGGCUCCGAGCCGACAGAACCCGUGCGAAUGUCCCGUGUGUGGGAAAAUCUGUAAAACCCCACACUACCUGGAAACGCACGCGCGUGUGCAUACCGGCGAGAAGCCGUUCCAGUGUGGAGAGUGUGGCAAGCAGUUUGCGCACGCCUCCGGACAUCACCGGCAUUUGCUGGUUCACAGCUCGUCCCGACCAGUGUUUUGCUGUGGUCAUUGUGGCAAAAAAUUCACCAUCCGGUCCAACAUGCUGAUCCACGAGAAAGGCCACCUGGCGGAGGAAAACGCCACCGUUGCCUGUAACGUGUGCGGGAAGACGUUUGGGCAUGAAAAGUACAUGAAAAAGCACCGCAAACGUCAACACGACAGCGCUGGUCCGCAAGAACGGAAUUCACCCGUUUCCUUGUAG